CCCAUCAUUUCAAUUGCUGUCGACCAUAUUAAUGAUCAAGAAUUGGAUGCUGUAGAUAAUGACCAUAAUUUUUGCCAAAUUACAAAUUUAUCUGUGAUCUUAAUUUUGCAAAUAGAAGCCCGUAUCAUGUACCUUGAUAAUGACCUUUUUGAGCAUAGCCUUUUUAAUUUAUCUAUUGGCAUCAUUACUGAUUUGAUCGAUGAAAAUACCAUCAAUGUAGUAUUUCUGACACCACUAAGAAUGAUUACAGCU